AUGCCUCCCCCCCUGCGAAUCAACCCACGGCUACUUCGUCCAGUCCAGCGAUGCGCAUAUGCAACCGCACCAUCACCAGCGAUAACCAUCAAGAACGUACCAGCACCCCAUUGCGGUAGUAUACGUAUACUGUCAUUGAAUCGACCUUUCGCGCGCAACGCCAUCUCGAAACAGCUGCUCGCGGAGCUGAACCACCAAGUCAACAGCAUACACGAUGAAGGAGAGACCGGGUCAACGCGAGCUUUGAUUCUGGCUAGCGAUGUAGACUCUAGCUUCUGCGCAGGCGCGGACUUGAAGGAGAGGGCUACAUUCACACAAGAAGAUACGGCAAACUUUCUAGCUUCCCUGCGAGGCACCUUCACAUCAAUAUCGCGUCUCCCUAUACCCACAAUCUCCGCACUCGCCGCACCAGCUUUUGGUGGAGGCCUCGAGCUCGCCCUCACGACGCACAUGCGCAUUUUCGCAUCUAACACAACCGUCGCCCUUCCAGAAACACGCCUAGCAAUAAUACCAGGCGCAGGAGGAACAUACCGCCUCCCCGCUCUGAUCGGUCUAUCACGAGCACGGGACUUGAUUCUCACAGGCCGCCGCAUCGGGGGCCCAGAGGCCUACUUUCUUGGCUUGUGCGAUCGCUUGGUUGAGAUCACACCAGAGGAAGCUAGCCAGGAGGGUGCUGCGCGGAAGAAGGUGUUGGAGGAAGCAAUCAAGCUUGCGAGGGACAUUUGUGAUGGCGGGCCGGUUGCAAUCAAAGCUGCCCUAGCGGCAGUGGAGGGGUGUGCGCUGGGUGAGAAGGCGGAAAAUGCUGCGUAUGAUAUUGUUGUCAAGACUCAGGAUAGAGAUGAGGCGUUGGUUGCCUUUAGGGAGAAGAGGAAACCAGCGUUCAAGGGGCGCUAA